CACUUUUCUCUUUUGCAGAGCAUCCUGAAAGGGGGCUCGCGGACGCGCGUGGGUAAGGCGCACAGGGUGUACUUCCCCGCGGAGGAGAGCGAGGUGAUCGGCGAGGGCGGCGAGGACGCGGGGCCGCCGUCGGACGACGACAGCGAUGACCAGGCCGACGGCGACUGGGGGCCGACCCCCGUGGAGGACGAUCCGCAGGAGCGGGAGGAGGAGCGGCUGCUUCAGGCGCUCACGCGCUCCAACACCGACUUCAACUCGGUGGCUGCCAACCUGGAGGGCACCGCACCGCCCGCGCCGUCCGCCGCCAGCAAGGGCGCCAAGCAGAAGAGCACCGCGCCGCUGCAGCUGGGCCGCACGCAGACGGACUCGUCCGGGCGCAAGCAGACCCUGCUGGUCACCGUGCAGCCCUUCGGCAAGCCGACCGGCAAGUCGAUGACGGCGCCCUCGGGCGCGACCACGACCUCGGCCUCUACCGGCGACCACGUGACCAAGAUCCCAGUGGCCACGCCACCCUCGACCGCGUCGACCAACGGAGACGUCGUGCUCAAGUCGAUCGUUCACACCGGUGACGACCUACCCCCGAUCAAGUCCCCACCCCCACCCAAGUCCCCUGCCAAGUCAACGACCAGUAAUGUGCCAUCAACUCCUGAACCUGCGCCCGUCGCCGUGGGAGUCCCAUCGCCCACCUUGCUCAAACUGAAUGAUGCUCAAGAGACGUCGGGCAAGACCACGACGUCGGCCUCCCCGACGCCCCUUAGCUCGAAACACAUGUUCCUAAAGUCCAUUGUGGAGUCCGCGGCGGACACGGUCUCCAGCGGCGGCGACCCGGUGACCACCGUGAGUUCCGCGACCACCGCGGCCACCACCGCGCCGCCAGUUACCACUGCGCCGACCAAGGCCGGCAGUCCGCCCAGAACGGUCACCAGUCCCUCCAAACCGGCCGCCGCUUCAGUCAAGGCGGCCGUCAGCACGGUCAAGGCAGCCGUCAGCUCGUCGGCGACCACGGUCACCUCACCAUCGGCGACCACGGUCACCUCACCAUCGGCGACCCCGGCCGUCACCAACAACACGGCGAGGAGGGAGGGCAAGCGGACACACAUCACGAGGGGCACUCCGAUCUCCAAGAACAACGAGCUCAUGCUCAAGACCAAGCUCAUCCCCCUGCGCACCGCCACCAUCCUGAACAACAACAAUAUCAACAAGAGGAGCACGUACGGACAGAGGGAGGAGGAGACGUCCAUGGUGAAGAUUAACGGGUCGAGGAAUGAACCCGUGAUGCUCAUCGAGUCCAAGCAGCUGGACUCGUCGGACGAGGACGAGCGCAUGUACAGCAACGUGCAGGUGCAGAGCAAGCGUCUGGACGGAGAGGAGUCCCCCGGCGCGCAGACCAAGAGGCUGGCCGGCCUGCUCGCCCCGCUCGGGGUCGGGGGCGUCGCGGUGGGCUCUCGCGAACUGGCCGGGGAGCCGGACGGCCGCGCCGACCCGGACUCGUCCUCCGAGUCUGGUAGCGAGCCUCCCGCGCUCCCCCAGAGCCCUCCGCCCGCCGUGGACCCGCGCCCGUCCUUCCUCCACGGCCUGACCGCCCGCCUCACCCCCAGCUCGCCCUGCAGCUCGCCUUGCCUGCCCUUGGCCGACAAGCCCCGCGUUCCCUUCAAGUCGAGUACCGUGGUACAGGCCGCGGUGCAACAGCAGCAGCAGCAACAGCAGCAGCAGCAGCAACAGCAGCAGCAACAGCAGCAGCAACAGCAGCAGCAGCAGCAACAGCACCUGCAGAAGGCGGUGGUCCUCGCGGAGCCCCCGCUGGCCCCGAGCUGCAGCCCUCCCAGCUCGGCGGAGUGCUCGCCGUCGUCCUCGCCGUCGUCCUCGCCGCACGGGACACCCCUGGCCGGCCUCGACAGCUGCAGCCGCCAGCAGAAGCGCCAGGCUCCGCAGCCGCCACAGGAGCAGCUCUACGCCACACCCCCGCCGACCAGGGAGGCUGCCACGCCCAUGCGCCCCGCACUGGGCCGCUCGGCCUCCACGGGUUCCUCCACCUCGUCGCCACCACCCACGCCGUCACCGUCGGCCUCCCCGCCCUCCCCUGUGCUGUCCUACCACCGCAAGACCUCGACGACCUCCACCAAGGAUAGCAAGCGGCGUAGUAGCCAGCACCUGUUCUCGAUGGCGCCGCUACCGCCGCUCGCGCCGUCGCGGUCCGAGUCCGUGCCGUCCGGCCUGGGGCAGGUCGCGCUCGGCCACUCGGUCACCCUGGGCGCGCACUCGGGCCACUCCAUCGCCCAGGCGCUGGCGCAGGCCAACUCGUUCGUGUCCAUGUCGCCCAGCCCCAGCACCCCCGGACAGCCGCAGCCCUCGCCGCGACGGGCGCUGUCCCUGUCCACGGACUCUCUGAGCGGCGGCUCGCCCACCAAGCACGUCAUGUCAUACGACACCGAGCGCAAGAAGCCCGGCACCAAGGUGCGCUUCUCGCUGCGCAAGUUCUUGGGGCUGUCCAAGGAGGGCAUGCGCUCCGAGAUGGCGGGCCCCGAGGGCCAGGGUCCCCUGACGCCCGGGCUGUCGGAGCCCCCCGCGCCGCCGCAGCCCCGGCCGCGGCCGCGCCUGGAGAUCAUCCACCCCUCCGACCUGAGCGGGCGCGCGGUGGAGGUGCUUCGCGCGUCGGGCGUCGAGGUGCGCCGACAGAUGCAGGAGCAGGCCGCCCAGCAGGCUCAGCAGGCUCAGCAGGCGCAGCAGGCCUCCACGCGGAGGAACUCGGACUCGACGGCCCUCGGCGACGUCCCCGCCUCCCCAGUGGCCACCAGCGGGCUCUACGCCUCACCGGACAACAGCAUCCACGACGUGGUGAAAGCCCGGCCGUCCAAGCCGCCCCCGCCGCCGCGGUCGCAGUCACUGGAGAACGACCUGGCCCACGGCGCGCACGCAGCGCACGGCAGCCCGUCCAGGCCGAGCAGGCCGCCGCCGCCCAAGGCGGCCCACGUGGACCUGAUGAUGCGCAGGCACUCCUCCACCACGGCCUCGCCAACCCCCGCCCCGGCGCAGGGCCACUCCGUGUACGCCAACAUAGCGUGUGGCGCGGCGGAGGUUCGCACUGCGCCGCUCAAGCCUCAGCGGUCGGGCAGCGUGCGCGACUCCAACGCGGAGGGCCCGCGCCGGACACCCCUCGAGGUCACGGCCGCGCCCGGCACGGCCGAGAGCGCGUCGAGGGAGGCGCAGCCUGCGCAGCCCACCAAGGUGCCGGCGCGGACGUGCAGCCUCUCCUCGCAGCCGGAAGACAGCGGGUACGAGUCCGUCGAGCUCAGCGACUCCACGCAGCCCCAGUCCAUGACGGACAGCGAGAACGUUUACGAGUGCGUCAACGGCGCGCCCGAGCGGUCGAGCUCCCCGGAGUGCGACUCAAAGCGAGCGGGCGUCGGCGGGGGUGGCGCUGCUGGGGGGGCGGCAAGCGGCGGGGACCGGCCGUCAUCUGUGUCCGCUCAGUACUGCGGCAGCGAGACGGAGUCGGACAUCUACUCGCCGUACAGCUUCUACGGCAGCGAGGAGGGCGACGACGGCGAGGCCGACUCAUCGUGGAAGUGGCGAAGCCGGGCGCGGAAGGGUCGCAGCGUUGUUCACAAGAGCAUGGAGGAGAACUACGGCGCCGUGGUGAGCGCCAACCUGGAGGCGCUGGCGCAGCUGCUGGAACAGAUCCGCACGGGCCCCGCGGUGCCGGCGGCGCUGCGCCCGCUCAAGACGACGUCCCACCUGGGCUGGGCGGACUUCACCGUGGACGCGCCCCAGGUGGGCGUGGCCGUGGGGCGCUGGGUGUUCCUGGCCGCGCAGUGGGGCUGCCACGCCGUGACCCUGGGCGUGCUGCCCAACGCUCCUGAGGAUGGCACUCUCCGCCGGGGCCGGGGGACGUGUCCCCUCCCCUUCGCGCUGAUGCCCAUCGCCGAGUUCUCCGACCAAGUGCCCGCCGCCUGCAUGGCCUCGUUGCCCGGGGCCCAGCGCCUGGCUGGCAGCCACGUGCCUGCUCUGGUGGGCGUGCUGGCGCGCGCGCGCGUCGACACCCUCGCGUCGUACGGGUCGUGGCUGCGCGGGGUCCCCCUCCGAGACGCGGACGGCGAGGCGGCUUGGCGUGACGCGGGGCUGGCCCUGCUCCAGCUGCUCAACGCCCUGCUCGUCCUGCAGAACCUGCGCGAGGCCGCCGACCCCGACAGCGUGGUUCUGCUCAGGGGCGAGGCCAGCGUGAGCGCCCAGACCCUGGACGGCACGCCACAGCUGUCGCUGCUGCACGGCAUGACCCCGGCCGCCUCCACGGACGCCGCCGUGUCGCGGUCGCUGUGCCAGUGCGCCUUGGCUGGCGCCCGCGCCCUGCUACCCGACGCGCCGCCCGCCCCGCUGCUCACCACCCUCCUGUCCGAGGCCGAGUCCAGCGCCGGCGCUGAGUCGAGCAGCGCCCUGUCCCGCGCCAAGGCUGUGCUGGAGUACUGGCUGUGGGGCCCGUCAGAGGCCGUGCCGUCCAUGGCCGCCCUGCAGAGGUGGCUGGACUUGGAGAGGGCCACGGUCCUGCACAGGCUGGUGUGCGCCCGCGCGGCCGCGGGGCCCAGCCACCGCCUGGCCAUUCAACAGCAGAGCCACCUCCUCUUCCUCGUCCACACCAGCGCGAGCGCCAUGGCCGACGCGUCCCGCCUCCUGGACACGGCCGGCAUCGCACCGCUCGAGAGCGCGUCGUGAUGAGGCUCUUGCCGUUGAGAAACACCCAGCACCUCAGGUUUUGUUCUCGUUGCCAUAUGGUUUUUACGGUGUCAAACUGCAUGUGUCGUUUGCCCACAUGGUUUGUUUUAUUUUAAAUUAUUUGAUCUUUACUGUGAUUAUUUUAAUGCAAUGAUUUUUCUUGUUGAGCUCUCAAAAUUGUGUUAUUUUAUAAAUGUUUACGUAGUUUGAAAAAUAGUGUGCUAUGCGUUCUUUUAUAUUUGGUAGUUGCUGAGUCUGUGGCACGGAUACUAUCCAGGCAGUGAGAUGUGUUCAGCUUCAGAGUACAUUCCAGAUUCAUGACAUUCUGGUCCCUGCCCAGUCCAGUGCCGGUAUUUUAUUUUUAAAAA